GCAGGCGGGCGGGCGAGUGGGGGGCGGUUGGCAGAUCCACGCAGGAGGAGGAGGUGGGCGGCGGACGGAGGCGUCUCCUUUAAAUCCUCCCGGCUGCAAGCAAGGCAGCGCAUGUGGACGCGAGCGAGGAAGGCAGGCAGGGGCAGCGAGAGAGGGAUCUCGGCGCCCUCCCGAGCAAUGACCACCCGCGCGAUCGCCAGCCCUGCGGGACUCCCUGGCCGCCGCUGCCGCCGCGCCUCGCCGGAGCUGCUCGCCAUCUGAUGCCCCCCUGGCCAAGCAGCAGGAGCAGACGCCACGCAGCAUGUCCCGGCGCAAGAUCUCGUCGGAAUCCUUCAGCUCGCUCGGCUCGGACUACCUGGAGACCAGCCCGGAGGAGGAAGGCGAAUGUCCCGUGGCCAGGCUGCUGUGGAACGGCAGCCGGAGCCCCCCUUCGCAGUCCGGGGCCACCACCCCCGUCGCCGCCGCAGCCCCCCCGUUAGAGGCGGCAGCAGCGGCGGCGGCGGGGCCAGCCGCGGUCUCGGCAGCCCCCUCGGGCUCCCGGAGGGCUCCUCGCCGGAGAAGGGUCAACCUGGACUCGCUGGGCGAGAGCAUCAGCCGCCUCACCGCCCCCACGCCUCAGACCAUAAGGCAGACUCUCCAGAGGACACUGCAACAUUACGAGCAUCAAGUUAUUGGUUACAGGGAUGCUGAAAAGAACUUCCACAACCUCUCCAACCGGUGCUCCUAUGCAGACCGCCCUGGCAAUGACGAAACUGAAGAUGUCUCAGGAAUCCUCCAGUGUACAGCAAAUAUACUCGGCUUGAAGUUUGAAGAACUGCAGGAGAAAUUUGGGGCCGAAUUCUUCAACAUCUGCUUUGACGAGAAUGAGCGGGUCCUCCGAGCCGUGGGUGGCACCUUGCAAGAUUUCUUCAAUGGCUUUGACGCUUUGCUGGAGCACAUCAGGACUUCGUUUGGAAGGCAGGCCACUUCGGAAUCCCCUUCUUUCCUAUGCAAAGAGCUCCCCGAAGGCAACCUGAUGCUCCACUACUUCCACCCUCAUCAGAUUGUUGGUUUUGCCAUGGUGGGUAUGGUCAAGGCGGCGGCCAGGAAAAUCUACCAACUGGAAGUUGAAGUGGAGCCGAUUGCAAACGACAAGUUGUGCCCCGAGGACUCAAACCCGGGCAACUGCAGCUGCCUGACUUUCGUCAUCAAAGAGCGCGAAAAUGCAAACAUCACAAAAGCACUUCCUCUAGGCACUUCCCAGUCCCCCUCGGACCUGAGGAUAAGCAUCAGCAACUUCUGCCGCGCUUUCCCCUUCCACCUGAUGUUUGACCCCAGCAUGCUAGUGCUGCAGUUAGGGGAAGGGCUUCGCAAGCAGCUCAGAUGCGAUGCUCACAAGACGCUGAGGUUCCAAGACUGUUUUGAGAUCGUUUCCCCAAAGAUUGGCGCCACGUUUGAGCGAGUCCUCCUGAGGCUGUCGACACCCUUCGUGAUCCGAACCAAACUUGAAGCGUCUGGCUCUGAAAAUAAAGACAAGGUGAUGGAAAUCAAAGGACAAAUGAUUCACGUCCCGGAAUCAAACUCCAUUUUGUUUUUGGGCUCUCCUUGUGUGGACAAGCUGGAUGAGCUCAUGGGCCGAGGCCUCCACCUUUCAGACAUACCAAUUCACGACGCCACCCGUGACGUCAUCCUCGUUGGGGAGCAGGCCAAAGCCCAGGACGGCUUGAAGAAACGGAUGGACAAACUGAAGGCAACGCUGGAACAAACGCAUCAAGCCCUGGAAGAAGAGAAGAAGAAAACAGUGGAUCUCCUUAUUUCCAUCUUCCCGGAAGAAGUGGCUCAGCAGCUGUGGCAAGGGCAGCAAGUUCAGGCCAGGAAGUUCGAUGAUGUCACCAUGCUCUUUUCUGACAUAGUUGGCUUCACGGCGGUCUGCGCCCAGUGCACUCCCAUGCAGGUGAUCAGCAUGCUCAACGAGCUCUACACACGAUUUGACCAUCAGUGUGGAUUCCUGGAUAUCUAUAAGGUGGAAACAAUAGGUGAUGCCUACUGUGUUGCAGCAGGGCUCCACAGACAGAACCUAAAUCACGCAAAACCCAUCGCGCUGAUGGCCCUGAAGAUGAUGGAGCUGUCAGAGGAGGUGCUUACACCAGAUGGAAGACCUAUUAAGAUGAGGAUAGGGAUUCACUCAGGAUCUGUUCUGGCUGGAGUUGUUGGUGUGAGAAUGCCAAGAUACUGUCUCUUUGGCAAUAAUGUCACCCUAGCAAGCAAAUUUGAGUCGGGAAGUCAUCCUCGUCGCAUCAACGUCAGCCCGACAACAUACCAGCUUCUGAAAAAGGAAGAAAAUUUUAUCUUCAUUCCUCGAUCCCGUGAAGAGCUUCCAGACAACUUUCCAAAGGAAAUCCCUGGGAUUUGUUAUUUCCUGGAGGUCAGAACUGGUCAGAAGCAGCCAAAGUCCUCUGUCACAUCUGCCAGAGUGAGAAAGAUUUCCUACAACAUUGGCACCAUGUUCCUCCGGGAAACGAGCCUAUGAGGCCUGCUGCAGAUCAAAGACUCAUCAAAAAAGCACAAACCCAGAACUGGGUCAUGACAGGAGAGAGGAGAUUCUUUCUGUUUCACUGCAUUGUUCCAAGCAAGCAGUAAAAGCUCCGUGAAAUGUCAGGCAAUAAUUCUUUUUAAAGGUGGGUGACUGCAGUCCAUAAACAAACUGGAAAGGGUCAAGGGAGGGAGCAGGGGUUUUUAUUUUUUAAUCAAAUUAAAACAAAAUACCUUCCUGUUGCCAGAGCUACUGUUGGCCAUAAAUAUCAAUGUGGUAAAAAGAAGAAUCCAGAUUGAGUUGCUAUUAAUGGGGGAGGCAUUCCACAAAGCAUUGGG